GGAAAUUCCCCACUUAUUUAAACCACAACCAACUCUUCUUCUUUAGUUAUCAGAAGAAGCACCUGCUCUGUGUCUCUCCUUCACUCUUUCUCUUCUCCCAAAACAGCAUCUCUCUCUUUCUCCAUAGUCUUCAAUCUCCUACUCUUUAAACUUCUUAUAUGAUAAAAAUGAGUAGUUUUGACAUCAAAAACAUCACAUUAAUGCUUCUCAUUGUUAUACUCCUUUGGUGCACAAAUUUUGACAUGUGCAAUGCUAGAAGAAGCAGACACUGGAGGCAAAGCAGACCGCUUUCGAGCUCAUUGCUUAAGAAGAAAGGAAAAAGUCAUGGAAGCCACAGCCACAAUCACCACCACAUCAGUAAACCAAAAGCAAAGCCAAAACCUCUGUCUCCACCAAAACCGAGUCCAGUAGCAGACACGCCGCCAAUUCAGAAAGCUCCACACUACAAAAGUUCACCUCCUAAAGCCAAGUCACCAGUAAAUCCCACACCAAUAGUUGAAAUUCCGACACCCGAACCAGAGAAAAGUAAUAACAUUUUCAGUGUACUAGAUUAUGGAGCAAAGGGUGAUGGUAAUAAUGAUGAUACUAAGGCAUUUGAAUCUGCAUGGGCAGCAGCUUGUAAAGUUCAGUCAUCAACGAUGUUGAUUCCAUCAGGAUAUCAGUUCCUUGUGGGACCCAUUUCAUUCUCUGGGCCUUACUGCCAACGAAACAUUAUUUUUCAGCUUGACGGAACUAUCGUUGCUCCAACAAGUCCAAACGCUUGGAAAGCUAAUCUAAUGUGGUGGAUGGAUUUCACAAAACUGGUAGGAAUCACCAUACAGGGAAAGGGAGUCAUUGAUGGAAGCGGCUCUGUUUGGUGGACAAACGCUCCUUAUGAUCCAGAAGAAGAUCAUGAAAUGAAACUGGUUGUACCAUUAAAUAACUCUAUCCUGGAAAGGCCCCCAAUGCCGGUGAGAAGUCAGCUAAACGGAAGAAUGCCGAGUGUCAAGCCAACGGCACUAAGGUUUUAUGGCAGCAUAAAUGUGACGGUCACAGGAAUAACAAUUCAAAACAGUCCUCAAUGCCAUCUUAAGUUUGACAAUUGCAAUGGAGUCUUGGUUUACUCAAUGAGUGUCUCAUCACCUGGCGACAGUCCUAAUACCGAUGGAAUCCACCUCCAAAAUUCCAAAGAUGUGCUAAUUCACUCUAGCAACCUCGCCUGUGGUGAUGACUGUAUAUCCAUACAAACAGGAUGCUCGAAUGUAUACAUCCACAGCGUGAACUGUGGACCUGGACAUGGCAUCAGUAUUGGAAGCUUGGGAAGGUAUAACACUAAAGCCUGUGUCUCAAACGUCACUGUCAGAGACGUUAAUAUUCAAGGCACGAUGACUGGAGUCCGCAUAAAGACAUGGCAGGGUGGUUCGGGAUCUGUGCAAGGCAUUACAUUUUCAAAUAUUCAAGUCAGUGAAGUUCAGCUUCCGAUAGUAAUUGACCAAUAUUACUGUGAUAAAAGCACAUGCAAGAAUCAAACGACGGCUGUUGCUGUAUCAGGUGUAACUUAUCAAAAUAUAAAAGGCACAUACACUGUAAAACCUGUACAUUUGGCAUGCAGCGAUGGGCUACCAUGCACAGACAUAACAUUAAAUACCAUACAACUAAAGCCACUGCAAGAACGGUAUCACUUAUAUGACCCCUACUGCUGGGAAACAUUUGGAGAACUUAUGGCUCCUAUUGCCCCUCCACUUGGUUGUUUACAAAUUGGAAAGCCGUUGAAGAACAAGGUUCAGACUGAUGUUGAUAUAUGUUGAUGACAUCAUAACUACUCUUUUGUGUACUCUUAUUUUCCUUUUGUGGUCAGAUGAUUGUUUGAUCUGUCUUUUUUCACACUAUUGGCUUGAUAGCUAGAGAGUAUAUAGAUUAAGGCUAGUAGGUUAAACUCCCUUGUUUAGUAGGGUUAUAUCAGUUACCAGCCAGCGUGAUUAUUGCUUACCAGGCAUUGUCAUUUUAUCCGGGCAUUGUCCCAGUGUAAGUUAUUAUAUAUAGCUUGAUGUAGAUAUUUGAUAAAUAAUAUAUUGAUUUAUCAGAAGCA